UGAAUUGAAAUUUUUUCAUUCAUUCGCAAUCACAAUCAAAAUAAUAAAUUGCUUUCAGAAAGACUUUCUUAGAAAUACUAAUUUGAUUGAAAUCAAAACAUCAAAAUGGCUCAAACUGCGGGUGUGAAGCCCAUGACUAUUGCUGGUCGUGUGGCCGUUGAAAGGGAGAGAUGUUUGGGCAUGACUGAUGCUGAGAGAUCUUGGCGUAAACAGUGGCUCAAGGAUCAAGUGUUAGCUCCUCACGAACCAGUGCACGUAGAAGAAUACUACAGAGAACUUACCAAUCCUAUUCGCCGUUUUUACCGCAAGCCUUUGGAUGUGAUCUUCAAUGCACUUGCGCCUGCCCUGGGUUCUGAACGGGCAAUGACUAUGAGAUAUUUUACUGGAAAGCUGGGUUUAAUUGCUAUUGGAAUACUGGGCACACAUUAUUACUUCAAAUAUAAUGGAAAUGACUGGUCAAAGCAAGGUGGCUGGAGAGUAAUGACAACCAAACCAACAGUUCUACCUGGACAGCCUGGAUUCCCAUUCAAAUCUACACGCACACACACAGACUAUGCAGACAGGGGUUUCAAAAAGUCUGCCUUAUAUUGUUAAUUACCCACAUAUUGAAAAUAUCAUAAUUUUGAUUGAAACAUACAAAAAUAACAUGAACUCAAGUUAGUUCUAGUUGUGUUUCUUGGUAGAGAAAUAAAAUUGUUAUUUAUACAAA